AUGGCAACGAUGAUGGCUCCAACGAGGUCGGUAAAGACUCAGUGGGCAUCGGGUGUGGGAGGUCGAGACACAGAGUUCCCUGCUGCGCCAAUUCAUGUAUCAGGUCAUGCACAGGCCAAGAACAUCAACAUGAACGAUGCACGAAUGUUCGAUUUUGGUGUACUGGACCGGGAGACACCACAGAUACCUAGCCCCUCCGGCGGAUCCACGGCAAAGUUCUCAAUGCGAAAAUCUACCGAAAAGAGGGGAAUCAUGGGCGACCUGCACGUCAAUCCACUGCCCGCCCAUGGUGAAGUAAUGACUCUCCACGACUUUUCCCUCCCAGAAGCAUUGCCUACUCCGGAAAAUACACCACACUCUUCCCCACAGUUAUCUCAAAGGUUGUCCCCGCAGCUGCCGGACUCACCAGAAUCAAUGGAUCCGGGAUCAGUAAUCAUGAAUGUAGUGCAAGAAGAGAUUGGCAUGGCUCUGGGGAGUCCAACCCAUGAGCCAACGGCAUGGCGAUCACAGACUCCCGCCGAAUCAAUAACGAGAACUUUGUCACCACCCCCGACUCUAUCGAGGCAGAAGUCCAGAAGAUGGAAGCUCUUAGGGGGCUUCUUUGGCGGAGGCAAGAAAAAUAAUGUGGCAUCAGCAGAACCUUUCUAUCAGUUGCAACCCCAGGCCACCUUUCAGACAACAGUUGAAGGGAAUUAUAUCAACUUCAGAGAACCAUCUACCUCGACUGAGAAGAAACCGCCGAGGACUCGAGGCCGCGGCAAAACAACCUCCGAAAGGAAGAACGAGACAAGCAAGCCAGACAUGAAAAGAGCUAAUACUGUGCCUUCGAACUUUGAUUUUCAGGAUUGGGAGAGAAGACAGAUGGACUCUUCCAAGGUUUCACGCGAAGGGGGAUUAAUGCUUGAUGUUGAGAUUCCGUCGACACAACUGGAGCGGUAUAGCAUCAUGUUCGGAAGUGUACUUCAAAAAGCUGGAGAUACAUCAUCCUCAUUACUGGCGAGGCGACAAGCGACUCUUGACAGGCUCAGAACUGUCAACAAAGCCCUUGCUUCUUCUCAGGAACUAUUACUAGACGAACACUCGAGGGAAGCGGGAUUCCAAAGAGCCUCUUCACCUCAGCCGAUGAAGAGCCCGACGUUCUCCCUUAUUCCAAGCACACCGUCGCAACCGCAAGCUAGGGACGCCCCACCGUUCCCUUCUACAAGACAGCAUCCCUCUCUUCAUCGUUCGAACACCUCCCCAGCGGGACUUUCACCAUAUUACCCAUCUUUCGCUUCCGGAUCAACUAAAGAGACGUAUGCUACCCUUUUGGAACCUGGUCCGCAUAUCCCUGUAAACCCCAAUCUAGAAGAACAUAUAUCGAGUCAAAGGAGACAAAAGUUAAAAAAUUCUAUAAAGCCACAACAAAUAGAGGAUAAUUGGUCACCUGAGCGAUUCCCCCUGACUCGCGAGUCACUUGUUAACGAUGUGGAAGGAUGUGAGGUAGAAGACAGCUACGACCUAACACCAUCUCCAAUGAAGGUCGGACAUGGAGAACAAACAUGGCAGAUGACACCGCCAUCUAAUCGUUCAGUUGCUCCUGUGUCGGUUUCAGGAUCUUCCACAUCUCGAUCAGUCAGCCAUUCCAUUACCACCUCUGCCUCGAGCGUCUCAACAGUAUCAUCGCCUCGUAGCGCAUCCUCAAACCCCAAAGAGACACAAAUACAAGCUUCACCACCGACCACCCGUUCUCGCAGCGCUACUACCUCAUCAACAAUCCGCCCUCGCCCAUCAGAGAAUUUUCAUGUAUCUUCCUGCUCACCUUCCACGUCUAUUCCGAGAUCCGGGAGAAGUGACGCCGGCGACAAAGAAUAUGACGAGCGUGAGGAAAAUCUUAAGAUGGCGGCCGAUAUUUCUAUUGCAAGACAAAUUUCUGUCUCCCGUCAGCAGAGGCAACUCCUAAUCCCCAUCACAAGGUCAGGCUCCACAAGAGUCAACUACAAUUCUCCAAGUUCGGUAGAUAUCGGACAAGUGGCUAGUCCUCUGUGUAUCGUAGCUGCGGGAAUAGAUUCCCCGGUUGCCGGAAAAUCUGGGAGUCCAUUGGCGCAGAAGAACGAGACGAAGGGAGUUUUGAAUGAAAGGUUAAUGGCGGCGGCCGCGAAACCAAGUACGCCCCAACUGGUAGUCGUCGAGGGAGAUGCAAGCGAGCAGACUUGGGGUGGUAAUACUGCUGCAGCUAGGCCUUCAUUCUCCGAGAGGGGUUCAGGAGAGAUUAAAGUAGGCUUGGUUGUCGGAAGCUCACAGAUGAUAGAGCAUCGUCAUAAGAAGAGUGAGUGGGCUAUCGUUGAGCAAAUUAGCACAGAGUCAGAUUAGUUAACUCCUGUUGUACAUGGAACUACGCAAACGGCUGGUUACCGCUGGAAUCUAGACGCUAUUUUGAUGGGUUUUGGUAGC